AUGCCUGUCGCUCCGGAUCCAAGGAGCCCACAGGGCCAGACAAGGUCUGAAGAGGUGCACAAAGGUUCAUCUCGCGGUAUUUCGGGAGAUCGUCAUCACGGAUCUCCCUAUGGGACCAACUCACAUCAAUAUGUACCACAACAUGGUUACCAGCAUGCAGCUUCUACAGGAUUACCCACGCUCUUGACUGAUCUGUCACAAGAUAGCGGGCUGGGCUCUGUUGACCCUCAGGUAGGCGCCAGCUUGCAUGAUGACCAUGGCGAGGCGGGGAGUGCAACGAAACCUUCAGAAGAUUCAGACCUCUCGGAGGGUGAUGAGCCGGUCGUCGAAGAACCCAAGGCUCGCAAGGUCACAGCAAGACGCCUUGCGGACCAAGACCAAUUCGAGCACUGGAUGAGACAAGAGCAGAAGCGUGCCAACAAGAAGCUCGCCGAAUCAGCCCUGGGAGAUAACCCCUCGAUCCGAUGGGAUGAAGCUGAUGUCGAUAAAAUUCUCUCUAGUCGAGACCCAGCUCAGAAACGUAUCAUUUCUAGUCCCCGGGAAUACCAAGUCGAACUCUUCGAAAGGGCAAAAAAGAAGAACCUCAUUGUUGUGCUCCCCACGGGAACAGGCAAAACCCUCAUUGCGGCCCUACUCAUUCGUCACACUCUGGAACAAGAACUGAUCGACCGAAACUCCAAGGAGAGAAAAUUGGAGCCCCGCGUCACCUUCUUCCUUGUUGAUAAAGUCUCGCUCGUUUAUCAACAGUGGAAAGUACUGAAGGCCAAUCUUUCUCAUCCAGUGGCAAAGUUCCACGGACAACUUGUUGAUUCGAUGUCUACUCAGGGAUUCUGGAAACAGCAGCUGGAAGAGAACAUGGCCAUCGUUUGUACUGCGGCCAUUUUACAGCAAUGCCUGUCUCGUGGGUACUUCAAUAUGGACCAGAUUAACCUCCUUAUUUUCGAUGAAGCUCAUCACGCAAAGAAGAACCAUCCAUAUUCCAGGAUUAUCAAGGACUUCUACGCUGACUUGCAGAAAGGCUCGUCGAGGCGGCCAAGAAUCCUUGGAAUGACGGCCUCGCCUGUCGAUGCCAAGACUGACUUGGCUACCACUGCAGCUCAAUUAGAAGGGUUACUUCAUUGUGAAAUUGCAACAGUCGAUCAACCAGAUCUUCUGAGGUCUGGUUCGCUGGAGAGGCAGGGGGGUGGCCUUGAAACUCUGGUUGAGUAUGGGCUAUCCUAUGCUCCGUUCACCACACCCCUUGGGCAAAGGCUCCACAAGCUCAUCGGCAAGAACAGUGUCUUCAGAAAGUUGUUUGUCUUUUCGAAGGCUUCUACCAGGGAGCUUGGUCCGUGGUGCGCUGACAGAGUGUGGCAACUGGGAUUGCCCCGAGAGGAAAUAGUGAAGGCAAAGGCGAGAACGGAGCGAAACCUACUCAGUACCGGAUCAGACCUAGCCAUAGAAGCCAUUGACGCUCGUGUUGCGGACAUCGAGGACGCUUACCGAGAGAUCCAGAAACACCCAUUUCCGGCGGUAGACCCAACGCGAGGUCACUUGUCCCAUAAAGUCAUUUCUUUGCUCGGCAUACUCAAGCAGCAUUUCCGGCCAGCAUUCGAUAAAUGUAUGAUUUUUGUCGAGCAAAGGCUCACGGCGAUCGUGCUCGACGAUCUCUUCAAGCAGCUACCCCUGGCCCUGUAUGGUUUGCAAGCAGGUACCUUGUUAGGAUCUGGGACUGGGGUAACGGGCGAACACGAGAGUAUGUCCUACGCUCAACAGCAAAGGGCGAUCCAGAGAUUCCACAAUGGAGAUUUGAACAUUCUCAUCGCCACCACUAUUGCCGAAGAAGGCCUGGACAUCCCAGAUUGCAACAUCAUAAUCAGGUUUGACCUGUACCGGACCAUGAUACAAUACAUACAGUCCAAAGGCCGAGCUCGCAUGAAGAACUCAAAAUACUUCCACAUGGUUGAGGUCGGCAACGAAGAGCACGCCAAGAGAGUCUUUGACUGUCAGGAAAAGGAAGAGCUUCUUCAUGCCUUUUGCUCCACCAUGCCGGAGGAUCGCCUGCUGAAAGGCAACGACUUUGAUAUGGACUUCUUCCUCCGAAAGGAUAAGUCUAAACGAGUUUUCAAGAUCGAAAAGACGGGUGCCAAGCUGACUUAUGAAUCGAGCCUCGUAGUUCUCGCCUCGUAUGUAUCGUCCCUUGCGGGCCGAGCAGACAUGAGUCUACAAGCCGACUACGUCGUCAAGAGUGUAAGCAAGGAGUACCAAUGCGAGGUAAUUUUGCCCGACAACUCGACAAUAAAGAGCGCCUUAGGCCGUCGUGCAACCUCCAAGCAAGUUGCAAAAUGCUCGGCGGCUUUUGAGAUGUGUGUGAAGCUGAGAAAGGCCGGAGAGCUUGAUGAUUACCUGCAGUCGAUUCACCAGAAAAGGCUUCCGGCGAUGCGCAAUGCCCACUUAGCACUGAGCUCAAAGAAGCGAGCCGAGUAUGACAUGAGGGUAAAGCCGGAAAUCUGGGACAGGCGUGGACUUCCGGGUGCCAUGUACAUGACAGUGUUGAAGCUUGAGAGCCCAGAAGCACUCGGUCGGCCUUCAAGGCCAUUGGCGAUUGUUACCCGCGAACCACUUCCUCAAGUUGCCAGGUUCCCUAUCUUCUUUGGAAACCAGCAAACAUCGGUGGUCAACUGUCUGCCACUUGAAUCCGCAUUCACGAUCUCUCUAGAACAGGUUCAAGCACUGACCGAAUUCUCGCUGCGUAUAUUUCAGGAUGUGUUCAGCAAGGAAUACAGACGUGAGCCCGAGAAAAUGCCUUACUAUCUCGCUCCACUGAACAAGGAUCACCUAUACACGUUCGGAGAUUGCGACCAAGCGUGUGACUUGAUCAGCUGGGACUGCGUCACGAUGAUUCACGAAGCAGGCGAUCUUGAUUGGGAAGGUCAGCCCUUGGGCUUCUUCAACAACAGAUACCUUACUGACCCGCACGAUGGCUCACGCAAAUUCUAUACGCUGUGUCCCCGAGCUGAUCUAAAGCCUACCGAUCCUCAGGUGCCAGGUGUGAAGGGACUGGGCAACAACAGAGCCCGUAGAGACGCCCCCAACGAUAUCUGGAACUAUAGUAUCAGUAAGUGGUCCAAAUCACGAUCUCGAAUGGAAGUCCGAAACGAUCUUCCGGUCGUCGAAGCGGAGUAUAUACCAUUGCGACGCAAUCUCCUGGACGAGUUCGAGGGUGCAGAUCAAGAAGGAAAUAAAUGUUUUGUGACAUUCGCUACCCUCAAGGUUUCAGCUUUGCCGGUCGAGGUUGUUGCAAUGGCCUACAACCUUCCAGCCAUAAUCCACCGGUUGGAGUCCAGCCUCAUUGUCCUGGAAGCGUGUGAUGGCUGGGGUCUGCAGAUUCGUCCAGAUUUGGCACUUGAGGCGAUGACGAAAGACAGCGACAAUACAGGCGACCAUGCAGCCGAGCAGGUCAAUUUCCAGAGGGGCAUGGGCAACAAUUACGAGCGUCUUGAGUUCUUAGGCGACUCUUUCCUGAAGAUGAGUACUACAAUCGCACUGUACUCUCAAAUCCCAGAGGGCAAUGAGUUCGACUAUCACGUAGAUCGCAUGCUGCUCAUCUGUAACAAGAACCUCUUCAAUAACGCUCUCGACCUCAAGGUUGAGGCAUUCAUCCGUUCCAAGUCAUUCAAUCGAAGAAACUGGUAUCCGGAAGGGCUCGAGCAACUGAGUGGCAAGAUGAACACAAGUAUCAAAGGCAAAAAGGGGGCAGGGAGGAACAUCCAUGUCUUAGGAGACAAAUCCAUUGCCGAUGUGUGCGAGGCUCUCAUUGGUGCCGCAUAUCUCACAGGCAAGGAGUCGAACAGUCUCGAUAUGGCGGUCCAAGCUGUUACCAAGUUCAGCAAUAACAAACUUGAGAACAAGAACCAUACAAUGGUGGCCUAUGGUGAGUUCUAUUCGGCCUUUAAGGUGCCCGAAUGGCAGGCGGCCGAGCCCACAGCAGUCCACCUUCACCUCGCCAAGCUGAUUGAGGAACAACUCGGAUACAAGUUCGCGCACCCGCGGCUGCUCCGUUGUGCGUUCAUCCACCCAUCUUAUAGCUAUAUGUAUGAGCAUAUUCCCCACUACCAGCGCCUUGAGUUCCUAGGAGACGCUCUUUUGGACAUGGUCUGUGUCGACUAUCUCUUCCAUCGCUACCCCGGCGCAGAUCCCCAGUGGCUCACGGAGCACAAGAUGGCAAUGGUCUCCAACCAAUUUCUGGGCUGUCUCUGCGUUGCCCUUGGGUUCCAGAGACACAUGAUUUCAAUGACUGGUGGCCUACAGCAGCAGAUCGCUCAGUAUGUAGAUGCCAUCACCACCGCACGGGAGGACGCCGAGGACGAGGCCGAGGCAGCCUAUCUCGAGCCGUCUGAAUACUCACGCGACUUCUGGACGUCGGUAAUCGAGCCGCCUAAGUGUCUCCCCGACAUAGUCGAGGCGUAUAUUGGGGCUAUUUUUGUCGAUAGCAAGUACGACCUUGGCGAGGUUCAGAAGUUCUUCGACAAUCACAUCAGGCCAUACUUCGAGGACAUGCACCUGUACGACUCCUUCGCCAACAAGCACCCCGUCACAUUCCUAUCCAACUGCCUGCACCUCAACUUUGGCUGUGCCAACUGGCGUGUCAUGGUCAACGAGAUGCCUGCCGCCGGAGGCUCGUUGAGCGAGAAACAAGUCGUUGCAGCCGUCCUGAUCCAUGGCCAGGUGCGAGCGCAUGCUACUGCGAGCAGUGGCCGAUAUGCCAAGAUCGCCGCGGCCAAGAAGUGCAUGGCUAUGCUGGACAACAUGCAGGUUCACGAAUUCAAGGAGCAGUUUGGCUGCAAUUGUAAGCCUGAGGAGGUUGCCGAGAGUAACCCUACCAUGCAUGCCACCGCUGUGUAA